CGAGAAACGGCUGGGCUCGCUCGCGCUUUUGUGAGUCACACUCUCUGCGGCGUGAAAAGGAGACAGUGAAGGACGAAGAAAGGAGGGAAGAUGAACGGUAAUGCUGUGAAGGGAAGUUUCAAAGUGGUGGGAGUGAGAAUCUGCCCGUAUGGACUACACCAUCUUAAACAAGCUGCGUCUGGAGGGGAAGCUGUGCGACGUGGUGAUCGAGGUCGACGGCACCAAGUUCAGCGCUCACAAGGCCGUCCUGUCCGCCAGCAGCUCUUACUUCUGCGCGCUGUUCACCAGCAGCAGCGACGAAUCGGAGCCGCAGGAGUUCAGCGUCUCGGGGCUGUCGGCAGACACCAUGCGGCUCCUCAUCGAGCACGUCUACGCCCACUACCCGACGGUCACCGAGGCGACCGUGGAGCCCCUCGUGCAGGCCGCCGUGGGCCUGGGCUUCGCGGGCGUGGCGCGCGUGUGCUUCGGCUUCCUGGAGGCCCGCAUGUGCCCCCGGAACUGCGUGGGGAUCUGGGGCAUGGCCGCGUCCUACCCGCAGCCCGACCUGGAGCUCCGCGCGUACCGCUUCAUCCUGCGCCACUUCGAGGAGGUGGGCCGCACCUCCCGGGAGUUCCUGGGGCUGCCCCUGCCCCGUGUCUGCGACAUCGUCGGGGACGACGGGCUCAACGUCAAGGAGGAGGGCGUGGUGUUCGACGUGAUCCUCCGGUGGAUCGGACACCGUCUCUCAGAGCGCAAACCCUACAUCUCUGUGCUGUUGCCCAAGGUGCGGAUGUCCUUCCUGGAUCCCAACUACUUCCUGCACAACGUGAUGGAGAACUCGGUGGUGAAGGAGAGCCGGGAGUGCAGGGACCUGCUCACAAAGACCAAAAGGUUCCUGCAGAACCGCCUGGUCACCAGGCUCUUCAGUUCCUUAAUCAGCGCUCAGCCCUGCCCGCCGCGGCUACCCCACGCCGUCCUGCUGGCCGUCGGGGGCUGGAGCGAACGCAGCCCCUCCAGCGCCCUGGAGUCGUACGACGUGCGGGCCAACCAGUGGGUCUCCGUGGCGCAGGACCAGGAGAGGCCCCGGGCCUACCACGGGGCGGCCUGCCUGGGCGGCUCCGUGUACUGCGUGGGGGGCCGCGACGAGGAGGAGUUCUUCAGCAGCGUGCGCAGGUUCGACACGGCGACGCUCACCUGGCACGAGGCGGCGCCCAUGCACCUGCGCCGCUGCUACGUGAGCGUGGCGGUGCUGGGUGGGCGGGUCUACGCCAUGGGCGGCUUCGACGGGCACGUCGGGCACAGCUCGGCCGAGCGCUACCAGCCCGAGGCCAACCAGUGGAGCUACAUCCAGCCCAUGCACGAGCAGAGGAGCGACGCUAGCGCCGCCGCGCUGCACGGCAAGGUGUACAUCUGUGGGGGCUUCAAUGGACAGGAGUGUGUCUUCACUGCAGAGUACUACACCCCCGAGACCGACCAGUGGACCAUGAUCGCCCCCAUGGGCAGCCGCCGCAGCGGGCUGGGCGUCGCCGCCUACGGAGAGGAGAUCUACGCGGUGGGCGGGUUUGACGGGGCCGUCCGUCUCCGGACCGCGGAGGCCUACUCCCCGCUGGCCGACCGGUGGCGCCCGGUCCGCGGCACGGCGAGGCCGUGCAGCAACUUCGGCCUGGCGGUGCUGGACGGGCGGCUGCUCACCGCCGGCGGCCUGGAGGCCUUCGCCACCACCGACUGCGUGCGCAGCUACGACGACGCGACCGGCAGGUGGACCAAAGUCAAGAGAAUGAAGCACUCACGAGGGGCCCUCAGCUGCUGUGUGGUGUCUGACCUGCCUAACAUAACCCAGUAUACUGUACCCCGAAACUCCCUAUAACCCCACCCCAACAACCCUGCCUAACAUAACCC